AUGUCUCAUAGCCAGCGAUCAGAGCGAGCCCGUUAUGAUGACAAUGAUGGUGAAGAAUACGAAACUAUAACAUUUACUCAAAUAGACCUUCCAUCUACCAGACUACAGCUUAACCCACAUCAUUAUCUCUACAGAGUCAAAAGGGGAGAAAUGAAAAAAGUAAUGGCACAACAUAUUAAGAUCGGUGAUCUUGUUUAUGUUAUGAGGGAUGGUGAAACGGCAACUGAAGCAGUGUUAGAUACUAAAACUGUAUACAAGGCCAUAGAGGGUGAAUCCCAGAUUUUGGAUGGUGUUAUAAUCGUCAACAAUGUUCUAGUGAGCUACAAAAACUAA